AUGAUCUCGAACGCAGUGCGCAAUGUGAUCGAAAUCGGUGACCAAAGACUGAUGGAUUUGUUAGUGCCACAGGGUUCAUCUACCGAUUUCAAAACUGAUAUGGACGAAGCUGCUUGCACGCGGCUGAGCGGCGCAGGCGCCACCAACAAUGAUCGAAUACGUGUACCGAUCGAUAUUCGUUCAGAAGACCGUGAUACUCGUUUGCUGAAGCAGCAGGAGCAGCGACAGCAGCAUCGUUAUGAAGAAGGGGAUCCGUCUGGCAGCCAUAGCUCCCGCUUGAGCUCGCCGCACACUAGUGACCUAGGUGAUAAGUUAGAAAACUGUAAUGCCAACAACGGCAACUAUGUUAUCUGUGAUUGUUUAUAUUGUGAAAAAGACUGUACUCGAUUUCUUAGUUAUUUUGUAAUAUUAAGUCUAUGGAAAAUAUUUAUGUGCCUAUAUAAAAGUCAAUGGUCAAUUGUGAAGAGGAGCCGCGUUUUGCUUGCCGCCUUGUUGUUAUUAACGUCUGCCGCGAAGGUAAACGGUUUUGCGGACGAAUUCGAUAAGACGGAACAGUUUUUGGAUAAAAUCAAUUUGGAAAAGAGUAUAGCGGCCGUUUUCAAUAAGGUGGCUUACGGUAGUACGACUAAACGUUCAAUUCCUGAUAGCGUUUAUCCCGUAACCACAUUAGCUACACCUUUACUGACCACUUAUCGGUAUGUGAACGGUAAUGAGGAAUGGCAAAGGGUGGAUGUAAAGAAUUCUGAUCCCGAUAGGGAAAUCGAUCGCGCCAAUGUCGAUUUCGAACAACCCGAUUUCGAGAGUGAAAACAGCAGAAGAGAUUUGGACAACGGUUACGGUGCCGAUCUUGAAAAGGACCACGCUCUGCCCACCUCAGCUCCAGCUGCCGAUAUCCUAAAAAAUAACAACAACAGACAUUACAAUAAUCCCAACAGGUACAAUAAUGACAGGCUUAAACCGGAGUUCAACGUAAACAACAACCCAGAACAGGUUACUGAAAACGUUUACAAAACAACUACGUCUUACAACCUCUUGAGGAACGUUAAACCAACAAAAUCAAUUUACGGUAAAGAACCUCCUAGUUACGUCCCUCCCAGUAGAGCUUUCUUUACUCCUCCGCUACCACCUGAAUACCAAAAUCCAUUUGCCGAUAAACCCACUUUAAGAGGAACGAAUUCGGAUAGUUUUGUAAACCGAAGGCCUAUUCCACCUCCCAGCCUGAUGCCUACAAAAGACCGAAUACCUUUUAGACCGGAUUUGCCUAAGGUUAACGUCGAAAAAGUACCAGAACGGCCUAACGCCAGCACGAACAAUGAACAAUACCGCCCAUCAAAUCCGAAUCACAAUUCACCUGACAGCAAGACCGAGAAGAAAAAGUCUUUAAACACUCCCUCGCAGACUGUUCGUGUGGGGGAGUUUCACGGUUUGAACCGCAACAUCAGCGAGAACAAUUUCGAGUAUGAAAAAAUUCCGGUCGUUUCCGACAUCACCAGGAUCCUAAGCGGGCCUAAUGAUCGACACGGUCACAUUUCAGAUAUUUUAUUAAAAUCGGUAACCGCUACUCCCAACGUUCAACACUUUGAACCGAAACUGCCAAAAACCAGAGCACCUGCUGCCGAGCCUAGUCUAAAAAUCGACGAUCCCAACGACAUGCACCCCGUAAAACCCAAAUUGGAUGAACCAAAAAACGACGAUGCUAAUUCAAAAAAGGAUUUUAUCCAGGAAGCGGGUCCGCCCGAUCGUUCUGAAAGCGUGACGAUCAAAAAGGAUAAUGCUCUUUCAGAAAAGAAAAACCCGGAAGACGUAACUACGCAAAUGUCGGACGUAUUAAAUUUGCCCAACGUGAAGGAAAAGGAUAUAAAUAGAGAAAUGAACGUAACCAUAGCUAAAUCCGAUGAAAUAUGGUUGAUUUGCUGGAACGUUCACGUCUAUUUAGUCGUUUUUGGCUACUUUAUACUAGCUAUCUUUUCGAUAUUCAAGCUAAUACGAUACGAAAACGACCCUCAUAUGUUUUCUAAAAGUUAUUUCCUUACCAUACAUUUGAUGCUUACUGUUAUAUGUGUGUUACGCAUUUUUUAUCUCAUAUACGACCCUUACAAUCUACACAAUUCAUUCAACAUAUUCCUAUACGACUUUUUACAUAACUUUCCCUUGAGUCUCUUAGCGACAACUUUCGCCGUGCUAAUAUUAUUCUUGUUGAAGAGAACUCUAACGCAUCUCGAAGUUAAAACCCGUCCAGUUUUUCUGGUAGUGUUUGCUCUUCUUCACAUCGCUCUCUGCUUUUGUCUUAGCAUUGUCGAAACUCUGGGCCACCUCGAGAAAGCCAGUUUAACUAUCUGUAAACCGGUUUUUGUCCUCUUGGCGUGGGCUCUCGGCUUCAGCUACCUUUAUCUAUACAGAAUCAUCAAGAACGUUCUGGCUAAGAAGAGCCAGAACCUCUCAGAGAUGUGUACACAGAAUAUCUCCUAUGCUAGUCACAUUACUAUAGCCGUAGCUUUACUGUUUAUAUUAUUAGGGUUGGUGCAAGUGUACGCUUUGUUCUUUAUUAAAGUCGAUCGAUUUAGCAAAGAAAUCAAGCAUCAUUGGAUACUGUGGAGCUUCGAAUUGUCCGUCAGAUUUAUAGAAAUCUCUAUAAUCACUUUGUUAGCUAUCGUUGUCAGCUUAAAGAUGUCCCAAAGGGAGAAACAAUCGGCCGGUGGAUUCCCUUUGUUUCCUUGCACCACCAGCGAUUCUAGCACCGAUAAUAUUUACCCCAACAAUUGCAAUACGAACCCUAACGCUUUGAACUACAGCCGACAAGAGAUGAUAAUGGAUAACAUUCCAACUGAGCCCGUCGAACGACCAAAUUUACUUAAAAACGCCUUCCAGAACGACUCGUUCGAUAAAAAAUCCACUCUGGAGAGAUACCAGAGCGACAGCGAACGCGGAAGUAACUUCGAUAGAUUCGAAAGACCCAAAUGGGGUUCGGAUAGAUUCGAUGCCAGGCAAAACGUAGACGGAUCAAGUUUAAAUAAUUUUGUCCAGCCCAAUUCGGGUAAUUUUGAAAGGGGAUUGCAUAAUUCUGUCCAAAAUUCUCUAAGGAACGAAAGCCUCAGGAACGAAAGUCUGAGGAAUGAAAGAACUUCCGGACGAAAGACGUACGAUUCAGCUAAAUAUUACGCUAAGCCCAAGUACGAUAUGGAGUAUAACAACGAGGAUUAUCAGCAUGAUAUGUUCGGUAAUACUUCCGAGAGGAAUAUUUACAGCGAGCCUAUUGAUAAUCCUGGUUCGCAUCAGUAUGAAAGGACGAAGCAUGAAUUUGAACGUUCCGACUUUGACAGGCGUUCGAGGAAUAGCUCUAACACGUCGGGACGUAGGUCGACCGGUAGAGCGCGGAAGAAUCAUCCUAGGCCGCAUUUAGGAAUACAAACGUUGCCCAAUCACGAUAGGCACCAGAUGCAGGAUUCGAUGUUGGUGGACGAGCAGGGUUUCGUGAGAUUUAGGCAUAUGCAGGAAGAAUUAGAUAAACCUAAGAAAAUGAAACGCCAGAUUAGCGAUCAAAAUCACUAUAGUGAUGCGUAA